AUGUCUAACCGCGAGCCAGCACGCUCGCUGUGGCAGAAAAGCUUCCAAAAGGAGUGCCGCGCCUUUGUGAAACAGGCAGAGGCUCUAGCUGAUUACAGCAGACAACACCCGAACAACUAUGAGCAUGAGCAUAUUGGCAAGGUUUGUAGAGGGCUUGUAAGUCUAUGGUCUCAAAUAGCGCGAGUGAAAGACACCGGACUUGACAUGGUUGCGGAGACCCCGAGAUGUUCUCUUGUUCUCAAGCAACGCAGCUAUUGGUUCAUCCGAGAUCUUGCAGAUCAGACAGAGUUUGAAGACGAAUGUGAUGAAAUAGAGGCUCGUCUAGACGGAUUGGCACUAAAGGUUCAACGCUGCGAGUUAGAGAACCUUUGGGUUGCUGGAAUUCUUGAGUCGACGGCUUUGCAUCUCCAGGAUCAGUUUUAUGUAUAG